AUGGCUCUCAAAGAAAAUCAAAUAAUAAUGCUCACCUUCGGCGGUGGUUUCCAAGAACUCCCACGACAACUUUUCGGUGGAGAAUGUUGGUUUUUCGCUACAGCUCCCUCUCCUCUUCUGGAUUUUUCGCCGUCUCCAAGAUUAGGUUUUUUCGUUUGGAAAAGUUUAGGGUUUCUUUCACCUCCAAGAUUUAGGGUUUUCGUCGUGGUUUUUGCCUCUCCCUACAGUAUUCGCUUUGCUCCUUUUUAUACUCAACAACUUAGGAUUGAACGUGAUGCUGGUCGUUUGAUUGAUUGUAGAGCUAGGAUGAAAUUCAGUCCUUUAGGGGCUUGUGCACUGGCCGGUACAGGGCUCCCCAUUGACCGGUUCAUGACAUCAGAUGCAUUGGGAUUUACAGCUCCGAUGAGGAAUAUUAUUGAUGCAGUUUCUGACCGAGAUUUUCUACUGGAGUUUCUUUCUGCUAAUGCCAUCACAGCAGUGCAUCUUUCUCAAUUGGGUGAAGAAUGGGUAUUGUGGGCUUCAGAAGAAUUUGGAUUUAUCACUCCAAGCGACCCUGUUUCAACAGGAAGCAGCAUAAUGCCUCAGAAAAAGAAUCCAGACCCAAUGGAACUUGUUCGUGGUAAGUCUGGCAGAGUCAUAGGGGGUUUGGUCACUCUUCUAACAGCGUGCAAAGGACUUCCACAUGCUUACAAUCGCGAUUUGCAGGAAGACGAAGAACCAGUGUUUGACAGUGUUAGAGCUAUUUUGGGAAUGCUUGAAGUCUCAGCAGAAUUUGCAAUGAACAUUACUUUCAAUCGGGAAAGAAUACAAAAGUCUUUACCUGCUGGUUUUCCUGGUGCAACAACACUUGCUGACUAUCUUGUUAAGAAGGUUAAGGUUGGUUUAAGAUGGUCGCACGUGAAGGACGUGUUUGGUGGUUUGAAAAUGAACGGUUAUUGCAGGAUGAUAUCGCGCCACAUUGAGUUUUAA